UCUUCCACUUCGAUGAAAAAGAUACCGAUUCCAAAGCGGCAUCUGGACAGUUUUGGGGGCUAUGAAUACAACAUGGGUGCUAAGCGAGGCAUAAUCCUCCACACAGACAGAUACCAGAAUUCCAACUCGAAAUCAGGCCUCAUGGAUCAGUGGGAUUCGCCUAAAGUGUUCGAAGGCUUAAGCCAAAGGGAGAGAUUACGGGCAGAGCUAGAAUAUAUGGAAAGGCUGAGAUAUGUGAAACGCCGACGGGAGGUGCUGCCCCACAGGGCACAGAUUGACCUUCUGAUGGGAGGCAAGAAGGUGGACUUCGUAGAAAGGUUCGAUAUUCAAAAGGAAAUCCAGAAGUUAAAAUCACUUAUAAUGCCUCAAAACGCCAGGGAUUUGUUCCAUGGACGAGGGAUACCUCUGCCGACGGAACACUCCUCUGUGAAACCUCGGAGACCACCUUUAAUAGACUAUGAUAGCGAUGAGGACAUAACCUCGUCUGCUCGAAGCACAUUCCAACGUUCCAAGUAUUCUCAUGACCCCGAUAUGGGGGGAUCAAAAUCAAAAUCACGGCGUAACUAUGACGGUCAUCUGCCGAGAAUUAACACCAGAACCUCCAUGUUAGGAUACGGCUCCUCGGCACCCAUCAUACUGGCCAGAGAAAGGCGCACAGUAGAUCAAAUAAAAGCUAGAAUUAGCAUACCUGCAGACGAUACGCCUAGAGGGAAGAAAGCGUUAUCAGUUAGGGUCCAUCAAAUGCUGGGAGAGUCAGACAGGUUCUCAGAAGACGGGCCUUGGACACCACUCUUACGACAAGAAUCUACUUUUUUUGGUACUCAGCCUGCUUACCUGCGUCGUUCCCGAACCAAUGUCUCCAAGUUUGAAAAUGCCAUGCCAAGAAGUUACACGUCAGUGCACGGCCGUCCGGAUAGAGAUCUGAAAGUGACUCCAAAAGCAGAAAAUGUCAGACGAGUCGACAUACCUUCAGCGGGUGCAGUACCUAGAAUACCCCAGUCGCGGGGACGAUCUGGAACUAAUCCGGACCCUGGAACUAUAGAAAUUCCGGAAACGACAGAAAAUAUAGAGCAUGACGACCCUGCCUCUAUGGAGGCAUACGAGGACUUGACUGACCGUCAGAAGAUGAUGGCCAGCAGGACCUCCAAAACUGCCAGUCCUGUUAAACCGCCCGCCACUCCAAAUCCUUUACGGGGAAGUGAAUUACCACAGAUGAUUCCAGAAACGGAACGUAGCGAACUGCAUGCAACAUUUAAGAAAUUAGAUACAGAUUCCGACGGGUACGUAUAACUCUAUGCUAUUGCC